GCCGAUGCUCCCUCUAGGAGGCAAAAUGGCGGCGAAGGGAACCUGGAGCAGUCCCGGAGCCUGAGCCACUGACAGGAGCGGAGAGGGCGGCAGCGGCAGGAGGAGGAGAAUGGCUGUGGGUGCUGGCGCCCGUGCGGACGGUGGUGCUGCUGGUGGCGGCGGCGGGGGCGACGGCCGCGGUCCCAGCGGCGGCAGCAGCAGCAGCGGCGGGAGGAGCCUCCGGGAAAUGGAUGAAAAGAGGCUGCUGGAUCCAGGGUUGAAAGUCCGUAAAGGCCUCUGGGAUUGUACUCUGAAGAACCAGCAGAUGGAAUCCUGAGUGACUGAAGAAAAUGGGUGCUAAUGCAUCUAACUAUCCUCAUUCAUGUUCCCCGAGGGUAGGGGGAAAUUCCCAAGCCCAGCAGACUUUUAUAGGGACAUCAUCCUAUUCUCAGCAAGGCUAUGGUUGUGAUUCAAAAUUAUAUAGCCUUGACCAUGGCCAUGAGAAACCACAAGACAAAAAAAAGAGAACCUCUGGCCUUGCCACCCUCAAAAAGAAGUUUAUUAAGCGUCGAAAAUCUAAUAGGUCUGCUGAUCACGCCAAGCAGAUGCGAGAACUCCUGUCUGGGUGGGAUGUUAGAGAUGUCAAUGCAUUAGUGGAGGAAUAUGAGGGAACUUCAGCCUUAAAGGAGCUUUCUCUACAAGCCAGUUUGGCUAGACCAGAAGCCCGGACAUUGCAGAAAGAUAUGGCCGAUCUUUAUGAGUACAAGUAUUGUACUGAUGUAGACUUAAUAUUUCAAGAAACUUGUUUUCCUGUUCAUCGUGCCAUUUUGGCGGCAAGGUGUCCAUUUUUUAAAACACUGCUUUCUUCCUCACCCGAGUAUGGGGCAGAGAUCAUAAUGGACAUCAAUACAGCUGGUAUAGAUAUGCCCAUGUUUUCUGCGUUGCUACACUACCUUUACACAGGAGAGUUUGGAAUGGAGGACUCAAGGUUUCAAAAUGUCGAUAUCCUCGUUCAGCUGAGUGAAGAGUUUGGAACACCAAAUUCCCUUGAUGUAGAUAUGCGUGGACUUUUUGAUUACAUGUGUUACUAUGAUGUCGUCCUUAGUUUUUCUUCAGACUCUGAACUGGUGGAAGCUUUCGGUGGAAAUCAGAACUGUUUAGAUGAAGAGCUCAAAGCUCACAAGGCUAUAAUUUCAGCACGGUCCCCAUUUUUUCGAAAUUUAUUACAAAGGAGGAUACGGACUGGUGAAGAAAUCACGGACCGAACUUUGAGGACUCCCACAAGAAUUAUAUUAGAUGAGUCCAUUAUACCAAAAAAAUAUGCAAAAGUUAUAUUACACUGUAUGUAUACCGACGUGGUGGACCUCUCCGUUUUGCACUGUAGCCCCUCUGUGGGGAGUCUCAGUGAAGUUCAGGCUCUCGUCGCAGGGAAACCAAACAUGACCAGGGCAGAAGAAGCCAUGGAACUUUACCACAUAGCACUGUUCUUGGAAUUUAACAUGCUUGCACAAGGCUGUGAGGAUAUCAUUGCUGAGAGCAUCUCAUUAGAUACCUUAAUUGCCAUCCUCAAGUGGAGCUCUCAUCCAUAUGGCUCUAAGUGGGUGCACCGACAAGCUUUACAUUUCCUCUGUGAGGAAUUUUCCCAGGUCAUGACUUCGGAUGUUUUUUAUGAACUCAGCAAAGACCAUCUGCUUACUGCUAUCCAGUCUGACUACCUACAGGCAAGUGAACAAGAUAUUCUUAAAUAUCUGAUUAAAUGGGGUGAGCAUCAGCUGAUGAAAAGAAUAGCAGACAGAGAGCCAAACUUACUGAGUGGCACUGCACACAGUGUGAACAAAAGAGGUGUGAAAAGACGAGACCUGGACAUUGAAGAGCUUAGAGAGAUCCUUUCUCCUCUCCUACCUUUUGUGCGAAUUGAGCACAUCUUACCUAUAAACAGUGAAAUCCUAAGUGAUGUAAUGAAAAGAGGCUUGAUUAGUACUCCUCCGUCAGAUAUGCUUCCUACAUCGGAAGGUGGAAAGUCAAACGCCUGGUUACGACAAAAAAACGCUGGAAUAUAUGUUCGUCCUCGACUCUUCUCUCCCUACGUGGAGGAAGCAAAGGAUGGGAAAAAUGUUCUAAAAGAAGAUUACAUGCAUUUUGUCAUCCUUCAUAAACUAAAGAAAUGCCAUGGGCUGGCGGAGUGGCGCGAAAUUAAAAUAUUAUCAAAAAUUUAUAAGAAGGUUCUGAUGCAGAACACAUGCUUUUUUUUUUUCUUGUGCUCAGUGGGUGGUCUUUUGCGCGUAGCUCAGGUAUUUUGCCUACAGACUGUUUCUCUUCUUGCAGUUCCUCGGCUCCUCAUUUUGAAAGACAUGGUCAGACGUCUGCAGGAACUCCGACACACUGAGCAGGUGCAGAGGGCCUAUGCGCUUAACUGUGGGGAAGGCGCCACAGUCAGCUAUGAAAUUCAGAUUCGGGUGCUCAGAGAGUUUGGUCUUGCGGACGCUGCUGCGGAGCUCUUGCAGAAUCCUCACAAGUUCUUUCCUGAUGAACGUUUUGGAGAUGAAAGUCCACUCUUGACAAUGAGACAGCCUGGGAGAUGUCGAGUUAACAGCACCCCGGCUGCAGAAACCAUGUUUACAGACCUGGACUCUUUUGUGGCCUUCCAUCCGCCCUUGCCCCCUCCACCGCCUCCUUACCACCCCCCAGCUACCCCCAUCCAUAACCAGCUCAAAGCCAGCUGGAAACAGAGACCUCCCAGCCAGCAUCCUUCACGUUCCUUUUCUUACCCCUGUAAUCAUUCACUGUUUCACUCCCGACCGGCUCCCAAAGCCGGCCCCCCUCCAGUCUAUUUGCCAGGCAUAAAAGGAGGAGCACCUGAUUGUACCAACAUCACAGGACUGGGGAGACAGACAGUGGCUGCCGCCGCCGCCUCAGCAACAAUAGCAUCUGAGAAACAAGUGUGCACACAGCCUGUGCUAAAUGAUCUAAUGCCAGAUAUCGCCAUGGGUGUGUCCACACUGUCACUGAAGGACAGGAGGCUUCCAGAACUCACUGUAGACACAGAAUUAAGCCAGUCGGUUUCUGAAGGAGGACCAGCGCCUCCCCAGCAUCUCUCGUGUGUUCCACAGAGGCACACACACACGUCUCGAAAGAAACACACACUAGACCAGAAAACAGAUGCUCGAGAAAAUCAGCAGGAAUACCCGGACUUCUAUGACUUCUCCAAUGCUGCUUGCAGACCUUCUACUCCUGCUCCUGGCAGACGCACCCCUUCCCCUUCGCAAGGUGGAUGUUUUGGUCCCGAUUUGUAUAGCCACAAUAAGGCAUCACCAAGUGGCUUAAAGUCAGCCUACCUGCCUAGCCAGACCUCUCCUACAAAGCAGGAAGAAGCUAGGAGAGAAUACCCACUUUCCCCGGAUGGGCCUCCGCACAGACAGAAGAGCGAGCCGAUACACCUGGAUGUCGUUGAGCAGCCUCCCCAGCGGGCAGACUGUCCUCUGGCAGCCCCCGAAAAUGCUGGCAGUGGUCCAGCCCACGUCAGGGGACGGACAGCCGUGGAAACCGACUUGACUUUCGGGCUGAUUCCUACCAGACCUUCGCAUCCUGCUUGUAGCUCUGAUGCUCCAACAGAGAGAUCCAGUAGAAGGCUAGCAGACAGUGAGUCCCUGGGCCCCGGAGCUCAGCGAAACACGGAUUUGGAACGGGAAGAUUCAAUAAGCAGAGGAAGGAGGUCCCCGAGCAAACCGGACUUCCUCUACAAAAAGUCUGCCCUCUGAGCGCAACCUCCAAGUCGUCUGUGCCUGAGAUGUGAAACAUCCCAUUCUUCAUGUAACCCAACAACUUAGAGACCAGUUGAUUGAUGCCAGCUGAUAACUCCGUUUCACAUGGUUUUAUUCUGGUUUUGUAUAUACACGUUUAUUAGACGUGGCAUGCUAAGAGGGUUAUUUUGAAUGCUGCAUCUGUCUGUUUUGUGUUUGAACAGUUUUGUGGGGAAGCAUUUUUAAGAACAAGCAAGCUGGCACUUUUUUUUCUCCUUACAAACAAACAAUGGAAUUUUUUUGCACUUGUACAUUUAUUUUAUCUGUUGAUUUUAUAUCAGUAUGUUAAACUUUAUUGCCACAUUUAAAGGACUGUAUUUUCAUACUUUUUGCAUUUUACCGUUCAUCUACCGAUUUCCACGUGCAUUGGAUUGCACACGAAGAUGUAUUUUCUUAUGAAAUAGUUCUGUGUUUAUUUUUUAAUUAUAGAAAUUCCAAAGAACAGCACAUCAAAAUGCUCCUCUCUUUUCAAUAAUUGUUUUGGUUCAGAAAUCUUCCCGCUCAAUCUCUAUAUCUGUUGUCAUUCUUUUUCAAUAAGUCUUGGGAGCCGGUUUUCAUUCCGCCAGCUGGAGUCCAGUCGGGAUCCUGGAGUUUGCUGGUUCAGUAAAGAACCGGAAGAAGAGUGUUUUGUGCCCAGGCUGACAAGUUGUUGCUGUCUUCACAGUGUGGCCGCCCUCAGAAUCACUGCAGAUUCUGGUGGCAUGGAUUAGGGGAGAAGAGAUGAGCUGGAAUCAAAGCCAUGGAAGUCAGGAAGUAACUUCAAGGCUGCACUCCAGGAUUCCUGGUUCUGAGCAUUAUCAACUCCAGCUGAGAUAGGGAAGUGACUGUUUGCUGCCUUCAAUUGUCUUGCUGUCUGUGGGAAAAAAAACAAAAACAAAAAAAAACAAAAGGGCUUCAGUCUUACGGAUGUCAUUUGGUGUUUGUAAGCGUAUGUUUUCUUUUAAAUGUUUUUUAAAGUGUGUCUGAAUUUCGGUGUCCUAUAAAGUUGUUGUAUAACGCAUAAUGCUUUGUCACCAAAAAAGAGAAACCAUUCUUUUUCAGUGAAACACUACAUGUCCUACUUGAACUCCACUGGGGACGCUGGUUUGGGAUUUUACUGAACCACUUAGCACAUGGGAUCUUUUACGAUCCUUUCCCUGGGAAGGGCAAUGUGUGAGCUAAGGACUGUUUUUUUCUUACUCUGCAAUGUAAAUAUAUUAGUAUUUGAGUUUUUAAAUCACUUCAACAUGAUUUGAGCAUUCACUUUGUAUUUUUACAGACACAUACACACAGCCGUAGCACUUAGAAGAGACUUGCUGCACCUUCCCUCGUGGGAAGGAUGUUUGGGAGCCUCUCUUCCAUGUAUGUAUAUAAAUCUAAAACUGAGUCACUCACACGCACUCUAAAACUAUGCAGGGCGAGGGAGCCUUUCCAAGCUACCGUAGAAAUGAAUUACAUGCACUUUUCAGUCUCGAGGUUACUAUUGGGUGUCAACAACUCUGAUUUCUCCUGAAACUGUAGUUUCUCUUACAGUCUUUUCCCACUUUACCCUGUGGAUAUACACUCAGGAAUAAUCUGACAUUUUAAAAAACCCUAGCAGUAGAUAGUCUAGCCAGUCUCCAAGGUGAGACGCCCAUCCGUGUAUCUGCACACACUGGCACGCUGCCGCCCGACGAGUCCGCUACUGCAUUCGUCCGCGCCGCUGAGGUUGCACACCCAGCCCCAGGUCUCCCAGAGCCCACUCUGAUUUGCUGUAAGGUCGGCUCCACAUCGCCUCUGAGGCUCCCUUUUUUAAAAAUAGAAAAACACAGGACUCCGUUCUCAUUUUUAGGAGGUUUGACUCUUUAUAAUAGAUGGUGGUGUCCUUUGAAGCCAAUCUCAGUCUGUCUCUCAGAAGCAAAAACCGUUAAUUCCAUCAGAUUACUUAAUGUGUGUUGAUAUACACAUGUUGAACAUGAAUUAUUUUGAUACAGUUUUAAAUUUCAAUUCUGAAUUCUGACUGUAAUGUGCUGGUACUGCAAAUAAGAGUGAGUAGAGCUAAUUUGAGUGGGAGAAACUUGCUCAUCUCUGACCUUUUUUUCUUUUUAACGUUACACAAGAGCUAUUGAUGUCACAUUCAUUUUUCUGAAAAUUUAUUGUAUAUUCUUUCAUGUCCCCAAAGUAUAAUUAUAGCUGUUCAUAGUUUUAUUUAAUUUGUGAAGUUUGCUUUGAAUAAUUUAGUAACUUACUUGGCUAAACUAUAUGUAUAGAGAGAAACUUGCUUUAACCUAUGGGAUUAUGGACCGAUGUGACUUGCAGAAGGUAAACAGAUGUGGGUUUUGUGUGUGUUAAGGUAGGUGUUAGUGGACUUUCAAUGUGUCUUGUGAAGUAUGGUUAAUAGGGUAGGUUGAAUAGCUCUGUGCCUCUGGCUUUUGAACCCAUCUAUUCAAUCUUUUUUAAUGCUUACUAAGCAUUAAAAUCUGUUAAUGCUGUACUAAGAUAAAUGUGAAGUCUGAGUAAGAUUGCUCUCAGAAAAAAAAAA